AUGUUUGGUCGGAAGCGUUGCGCCAUUGUUGGAGCUGGAGUUUCUGGAUUGCCAAGUGCAAGGUAUCGGAGGUUGAGAAGUUUUGUUUAACCUUUUUACAAAGCCGAUGGAGAGAUUUCAACGGCUCAAACUUACAGUGAAUGUCGCGAAAACCACUCCAUCAACUCAGCUACAGCGGACCUGAUCCAGUGGCAAAAAACAUACCAUUUUGCAUCCCGGAAGUAUCAAAAAAGUAGCAAAAUACCUCCAAGUGAAAGACUCCGAUUUCAAAAGCGCGCCCGCCCUUUCUGUGAAGAAAAAGCUCUUCAAAACGGAGUUUUUUCACUUAUAGAGGGAGGUAUUUUGCUGCAUUUUCGAUACUUCCCGGAUGCGAAAUGGUACGUUUUUUGCCACCGGUCCUCUACUGUAGCUGCCCAAUAAUUUUUUCGUUGAUAUUUAUUCUUAUUCACACAAGUUUCCCCUAUUUUUUCAGAUGGGCAAAGGAGUACGGGUAUGACCCUGUGAUCUUCGAGCUUCGAGAUAAUCUUGGAGGGCUAUGGUAUUACACUGACGACAAAACUGAAUGUAAGUCGAGAUUUAAGAUGUAUGAAGCUGUAUUUUUUUACUAAUCGCGCUCAAAAGUCCUGACAAUUUUCGCACCGUGCGAAACUUUGGGUUUUGGACGUCGCCCCUGCAAAUUCGGGUUCGUCGCGCGCAAAAAGUGCUUGUCGCUAGUGAAAAAAAGGGAAAUUGCGGCGACAAAUGCGAAAUGAAAGAAGAGUGCACAGUGCGAAAGUUCGGUUUUUGGACGUCGCGCCCUCAAAUUCGGGUUUGUCGCGCGCAAAAGUCCAGGUCGCUGCGAAAAGAUGCACUGUGCGGAUGAAAUGAAAGAAGAAUGCACGGUGCGAAAAUUGUCAGGACUUUUGAGCGCGAUUAGUAUCGUCGAGUUUGUGCGGUAGAAAAUUUUACAUAGAACACGCCAUUUCGUAUCUACGAACAUGUGGCUUUUUGGCGGAUUUUGAAAACGGAAUUAAACUUAUAAACGACUGUUAUUUGGAUGGUUAAUGUGCGGCCGAUUAUGCGAAUAGUAACAAGAAUAAAAUGGCGAAUUAGUGCAUUACACAUAGCAUCACGAGGACCCCCGCAAAGGGUCCAAUUUGGCGUUACACCAAAAGAGUUGACCUUGGAGUACAUCCGCCGUUUUACAACCAGACUCAAACUUUUUUCACAGCAUCUAAUUUACAUAUUAAAAUCUCACAAAGAGUCAAAAAAAUGCAUCAUUUCAGUCAGUUGCGUCUCCAGAAAGACAAUCAUGAACACCUCCAAAGAAAUGACAGCGUUCUCCGACUUCCCUCCGCCAGCGAAUGCUCCGUGGUAUCUGCACAACAGCCGUGGGUGGAACAACGAAAAAAAUAUAAAAAUUAUAUUUUUUAGGCAUGCUGGAGUACCUCCAUGCGUACGCUGAGCACCAUGAUCUUCUGAAAUAUUGUCGGUUCAGUCAUAGAGUUACUCGAAUUGAAAGGUCGCCCAAUUUUGAUAAAACUGGAGAAUGGAUUGUUGAAUUUCGAGACGGGUAAGUUUUUACGAGCUUAACAUCAGUCUGUCGGGAAAAUAAUGAGCACUCUGUCGCAGCGAAAAUUGCAUUUCUGCGGAGAAAAUGAGUUGUGUCGCGGAAAAAUCAAAUUAUUUUUUUUUUCAAUUAAGCGACGCGAUUGGACAUUGCGCUCAUUAUUUUCCCGACAAACCUAUAAUAUACUUUCUAUUCUAUGGGUAGAAAUGGUGAAGUAAAAUCGGAAGUCUUUCAAGCCGUUCUACUGUGCACUGGCCGUCAGUCGGUCCCAAAAAUACCGAACGAUUAUCCCGGACAAUCCGGCUUCGAAGGGGGAAUUGUUCACAGCAAGGAUUGCAAGGUAGGUUUGACUAGUGCAUCUCUUAUUUUUACAAUUUUUUGAGGAGUCAUCAUACAGUAGGGACCUGAUCCAGUGGCAAAAAACGUACCAUUUUGCAUCCAGGAAGUAUCAAAAAAUGUGGAAAAAUACCUCCCUCUCUAAUAGUAAGUGAAAAAAGUCGGAUUUUUUGGGCGCGCCCUUCAAAACGAAGUUUUUUCACUUGGAGAGGGAGGUAUUUUGCCACAUUUUUGAUUCUUCCCGGAUGCAAAAUGAAACUUUCUUUGCCACUGGAUCAGGUCCCGCACUGUAAUUUUGAGUCGUAAUAAUUUUUUGAGUUCUCUCAACUGCAAGGCCGUUUUUUAUUGCCUGUUAAAACUGAUAACUUUACCAUAAUUUUAGGACUUUUCCCAUUACAAAAACAAAAACGUUCUUUGCGUUGGCCUCGGGAAUUCAGGUAUCGAACAGACCUGCGAGAUCAGUCAAGUGGCCAAAAAAUGUUUCCUCAGCACUCGGAAUGGGACUUGGAUAUUGGGCCGGAUUGACAAUGACAUCCCCAUUGAUAUCAUGGCCAACACUCGACUUAUCGCUUACUUGGGAAAAAUUCUCGGACCCAGAGCCUAUGGGUUUUUGAUCGAGAGGAUGAUGAGGAAAAGUUUCAAUCAUCAAAUCUAUGGGCUGAAACCGGAGCAUCGAGUUAUCAAUCAAAGCCCAGCGGUGGUAAGUACAUGUAAUGACGCAGUAAAAUCUCUGUAAAACUCUAUAAAACAACCUUUUUCCAACUGUUAUUUUCCUAGAUCUCCGAUGAGCUGAAACUUCGUCUGGCCAGCGGCCAAAUCGCCGUCAAACCCGGGCUCAAACAGUUCAACUCAAAUUCAAUCGAAUUCGUUGAUGGAUCAGUUGAACCGAUUGAUGAGGUCGUAUUUUCAACAGGCUAUAGCUGCUCGUUCGAAUACGUGGAAGAUGGAAAACUUAUACCAAAAGAUUACGAGAAACUGGAUUUAUGGAAAAAUAUGUUCCCUGUCAGUUUGGCAGAAAUGGAGAAGCCUCCAACCUUGGCCGUUAUUGGAUUACUUGAGGUAAAAGAUUGUUCUUUUAAAAUGCAAAGUUUUUGAGUUCCGAGGUUCAGAUUUUGAUCCUAUUUUCUAUUAUAUUAAAAAUGUAUUAUACGUACAAGCAAGCCCGAGAGAACGGCGACUACAGUCAUUUUAGCCUCGUUGUACAGAGGCUUGACCGUACUUUUUUAUACAGGGUGGUUCCGCCGAAGCUUCCAACCAUAUUUCAAGUAUUUCUCCGCCAAUAAUGCACCAAUUUCUAUAAAAUUUAAACCAAACUGAAGCUGAGGCACCCCAUUUUUUGUUCACGAAACAUGACGGGCCCAAGUUCACGGAGGCUCCCGUACUGACCCUUAACAUUUUCGAUUUUGGUCGCUGUUUUCUGGUACUUUGAGAUUUACAAAAGCCUUACUCUACCCCGUUUUCAGCUGACCGGUUCGCUGGGUCCGGCCUCCGAACUUCAAGCCCGCGCCUUCUUCGAAGUAAUCACCGGCAAUAUCAAGCUCCCAUCCACAGAUCAGAUGGCUUUGGACGUCCAAAACGCCCAUAAAUCCCGACGCCUUGCCUUUUACACUUCCAAGUCAAGUUUCACGAAGAUCCCUUAUAUGGAUUACAUCGAAGACAUGUCAAAAUUUAUUGGCUGUUAUGCCGAUCCGUCCAAGCUUUUUUGGAGCGAUCCCAAACUAGCGUAUCGACUGGUCUUUGGCCCGGAACUACCGUACGCCACACGGUUAAUUGGGCCGUUCAAAUGGGAAAAAGCGAGAGAUUUAAUUCUGACGUUGGAUGAGAGACUGGUUUUGGAAAGUUCAAAGUGUAAAUGUGACGGCAGGACUUCGAAAAAGUCAAAAAUUGUACCUUUCCUUGUAAAAGUCUCUUUUUUCUUAUCCAUUAUUGCUAUUCUUGUCAAGGUUUUAUCCCAAAUUGUAUAA